CCCCAAUUUCCCCAAGAGUCAAAUAUAAUUGGUUGUCCUAGUUUCGAAGUAUUGGCAAAUAAAACCUAUUCAUUUUAAGCCGACCCAACUCUUUUUUCUCCUCAAAGAUUGAUAUUUAUAUAGUUCCAAGCUUUUGGAUUAAUGGAUAGGAGAAGAUUGCAGGCCACUGAAAAUACAAACGACGAUGUAGUAUUCUCUUGUUCUUCCGGGAUUAGAAUCCGACGCAGUCCUCUAAAUAGCACUUCGCAAUCCGGUGGACUGUUUGCCAGCGUUGGACAAGUUGCAGGAGGAUUUGGUAUCACACCAAGUCCACAGAACUCCAUAAACCAAACCACAAAGCUUCUGAGCUCCACGUACAUGACAUACAUGCCCACGCCGGACUUCGGGCUGCGAAUUAGUAGGGUUGACGAGUUGGUGGAGGCAGAGUCACUGUUCGAGGUUGGAGAAGCAGAAGAGCUGCUGAAAGUCAACAAAAUCAAAGGUAAUGGUGGUGGUUUGAGGUUGAAAAUAAAGGUUGGGAAUGCAUCACUGAGGAGGCUGGUGAGUGGAGCGGUGGCGGGAGUGGUGUCGCGGAUGGCGGUUGCGCCGCUGGAGACGAUACGGACGCAUUUGAUGGUGGGGGGCAGUGGCCACUCCAGUGCUUCUCAUGUCUUUCAGUCUAUCAUGGAAACUGAUGGAUGGCAGGGCUUGUUCAGGGGUACUUUGGUCAAUGUCAUCAGGGUUGCUCCAAACAAGGCUAUUGAGUUAUUUGCUUAUGACACGGUGAAGAAGCACUUAACUCGACCCGAAGAAGACCUGAAAAUCCCUAUCCCGGCUUCAUCAAUCGCAGGCGCUGUUGCCGGAUUUAGCUCAACCUUGUGUACAUACCCUCUCGAGUUGUUAAAAACACGAUUAACAGUCCAGAAAGGAGCGUACAACAAUUUUUUCGACGCAGUUUCGAAAAUUGUCCAACAGGAGGGAGCUGCAGGGCUAUACAGAGGCCUCACCCCGAGUUUAAUCGGCGUAAUUCCAUACGCUGCCUCCAACUAUUUUGCUUACGAUGCGCUCUCAAGAGCUUACAAGAAAGCUUUCAAAAAGGAGGAAAUCGGAAACAUAGCAACUCUUUUGAUCGGAUCAGCAGCCGCUGCAAUUUCGAGCAGUGCAACUUUCCCGCUUGAGGUGGCUCGGAAGAGAAUGCAGGUUGGGGCUCUCGGUGGGAGGCAAUACAAGCACAUACUUGAUGCUCUUUCGAGCAUACUUGCCAGUGAAGGAAUCAGUGGCCUGUACAGAGGGUUGGGGCCGAGCUACAUGAAAUUGGUCCCUGCUGCUGGGAUUUCCUUCAUGUGCUACGAGGCUUGCAAGCGGAUACUGAAUGAGAACGAUGAAGAACUCUAAUACAACUAUACGCGCCCCAGAAGGACUCCAAAUUUCCAAUUUUGGAUCGUUGAUCGAAAAGUAGCAGAUGUUCAUAACAGCGUGUUUCGAUUUGAUCACAUACUUCAUGUUUUGGACAACAUCAUGAGCAUAGUAAGGUUAUCGGAGAGCUCAUAUUCCAUAAUACAGGCACACCCAUGAUUGGGUUUAACCUAUGACAUUUUAUCAAGCUGUAAAUUUUCCCUUAUUUUUGUUUUCA